CCGCGUCCCCGGAACGCUGCGGAGGGGCCGCGUUCUAUUGGCGGAACGUCGGCGAUUGAUGCGUCCCGAGUCUCCCGCGCCAGGGUGCUGCGGCCGCGGCCCUCUCCCCCCCGCCGGGGCAGGCUGCGUUCCCCGGUCUCUGCCGUAGGUGCCUGCAAGGCCCAGCUCUUCCUGGAUCCCGGGUUUUCGAAGCUGGUGAUUGCUCAGCCUCUUCCAGGGGACAGCUGGUUCUGCCCUGGCGGAUUGCUCAGCCCGGCAGCUGCCCGGGGUGGGGGGUGGGGCGAGGAUUGUCCAGUUCUCCAGCUGCCUUCCUGUUUGCAGCAGUUCGGUGUGUUGUAACGGGUGUUUUCCAGCCGCAGUGUAUGUGCCUGUGCGGGUCUGGUCAGCCCUUGUUUUCCUGGUGGUGAGAAGAGAGGAGCAUGGCAGCCUCUGGGUCAGAAAAAAGCAACAAGAAGAAAACGGAGAAGAAACUCGCCGCCCGAGAAGAAGCUAAGCUGUUAGCAAGCUUUAUGGGAGUCAUGAAUACCAUGCGCAAACAGCUUGACUGAAGAUGGCCCAUUCUGUUUGGGGUGCGUGUGAGACCUUCUACUGACUUUGCUUUUAGCUUUGUGUAUGCACUUCAGAUCAUGAUUGAUAUGAAGAUGAUUAUUGACUAAGCCACCUGAGGCUUGCAUCCUUGGUCCCAUUUUACAGAAGCACCAGGAGUUUAAGUAACUUCCUUGAGACCAUACAGCUGGUCAUUGGCAGAGGUGUGGGUAGAAUCCCAAGAAUCCUGACUUCUGCUGUCCUGCCUAUAGUCACUGGACCUUUCUUUGACCUUUAAAGACGCGACCAUUUAUAAGUGAUAUUGUUCUGCCUCCUUUAUAGGAGUUGCUUGUUCAGCUUUUGGUGUCACUGUUCCUAACCAGUAAUGCUAUUAAAUAUUUAAUGGAAACAGUUUAUCAAUUAAGUUCUAGCCCUAGCAGAGCUAGUUUCUCCACUAAACUUCAGUGUCUUUCUUGUAUAAACACAUUAACUUAGAGCCUGUGUAGAGUUCCUCAAAAUCUAGGGAUUGAUCAAAGAAAGAAGAAAAAAAAAAGUCCAUUCAAUCCUUGCACUUGUUGGGCCUGGGGAGGAAGGUGUCACAAAACAAAUUGUUUGAAAUGAUAAGCACCCAGCAUGGUUUGAGUGGUGAAAGGAAGCAAUAGAUAACUGGUGAAAUAUUUGUAUGCUACGGUAUACAAACAUCUUUUUGUGUUGAAAGCUUGGUUAUUGUUUUGCAAUAGAUGGUUGAAACCUCUUCCGCAUCUGAGGUUGCCUGCACUAGUUAAAAAAGCAAGUUUAAAAUGAGUGUCAAGUAACUGCCAAUUGAAAUGGUACGUGCCACACAAGUCUCCCUCAAACACUGCUGCAAGUGAGAUGGACACUUCCUAUCCAAUCUUAAUACUCAGCAUAAAACUUUUCCUUAUAACAAGUUCACUGGUAUGUUGAAGGCAGAGCAGGCAUGGAGUGCAAGAGACAAAGCACUAUCUUUGCGUUUAACCAGAAAGUCAAUACUUGUCCAGCUGUAAAUACAAGUGGGAUUAUCCAGUUCUUUUAGACUGCUGGAAUGCUGGUGUGUGUGUGGGGCUUUUGGGUUGAGCAGCCUCUUAGACCAAUAGCCCAGUUACUUUCCAGGAUGACUGUCACAUGAUGCUGAAAACUGCUCCACUAUCCAGUCUUGAUUCCACAAGGAGAUUUUGGAUAAAGUGACUGAAUUGCAAGUGGCAUCAGUUGUUGUUUGAAAAAGAUGAAGUUGUUGCAGAUUUGGCACAAGAGUGUUGGGAUAAUCUCUGACUCCAGGUUGUGGCUGAAGAUCUCUUCCUGUGAAGAAAAUAGACUCAACUGUAGCAUCAGAGUGAUCUCAAAGUUCCCUUGAGAUCAGGAAUAUGGAGCCAGAGGCAGAGUUAGUUGCACAAAAAAGGAUGUUGACUGGGGCAACUAGUGGAAAACUCUCUGUGAUGUCGUUCUCAUGGUUCAGGAAAGAAAGAUUCCAGCCCACCGAGUUGUGCUUGCUUCAGCCAGUCACUUUUUUAACUUGAUGUUUACUACAAAUAUGCUUGAAUCAAAGUCCUUUGAAGUGGAGCUAAAGGAUGCAGAGCCUGACAUUAUUGAACAGCUUGUGGAAUUUGCUUAUACUGCAAGGAUUUCUGUUAACAGCAAUAAUGUCCAGUCUUUACUAGAUGCUGCAAACCAGUAUCAAAUUGAACCUGUGAAAAAAAUGUGUGUGGAUUUUUUGAAAGAGCAAGUUGAUGCUUCAAAUUGUCUUGGUAUAAGUGUGUUAGCAGAGUGCCUAGACUGUCCAGAACUGAAAGCCACAGCAGAUGACUUCAUCCAUCAGCACUUCACUGAAGUUUACAAAACAGAUGAGUUCCUACAGCUUGAUGUUAAGCGUGUUACACAUCUUCUGAACCAGGACACCCUGACUGUGCGGGCAGAAGAUCAGGUUUAUGAUGCAGCAGUCAGGUGGCUGAAAUAUGAUGAACCUAAUCGCCAGCCAUACAUGGUUGACAUUCUUGCUAAAGUCAGAUUUCCUCUCAUAUCGAAAAAUUUCUUAAGUAAAACUGUUCAGGCGGAACCACUUAUUCAGGAUAACCCCGAGUGCCUUAAAAUGGUGAUCAGUGGAAUGCGAUAUCACCUUCUUUCUCCAGAGGACAGAGAAGAGCUAGUAGAGGGUACAAGACCACGAAGGAAAAAACAUGAUUAUCGCAUUGCUUUGUUUGGAGGCUCACAGCCACAGUCCUGCAGAUACUUUAAUCCAAAGGAUUAUAGCUGGACAGACAUCCGAUGUCCCUUUGAAAAGCGCAGAGAUGCAGCUUGUGUCUUCUGGGACAACGUAGUUUAUAUUCUGGGUGGUUCCCAGCUCUUCCCUAUAAAGCGAAUGGACUGCUACAAUGUGGUGAAGGAUAGCUGGUAUUCCAAACUAGGACCUCCAACACCUCGAGAUAGCCUUGCAGCCUGUGCUGCUGAGGGCAAAAUUUAUACAUCUGGUGGUUCAGAAGUGGGAAAUUCUGCUCUAUAUUUAUUUGAAUGUUAUGAUACAAGAACAGAAAGCUGGCACACAAAGCCUAGCAUGCUGACUCAACGUUGCAGUCAUGGCAUGGUGGAAGCAAAUGGUCUCAUUUAUGUAUGUGGAGGAAGCUUGGGAAACAAUGUUUCUGGAAGGGUCCUUAAUUCCUGUGAAGUUUAUGAUCCAGCCACUGAAACAUGGACUGAACUAUGCCCAAUGAUUGAAGCUAGGAAGAAUCAUGGGUUGGUGUUUGUGAAAGACAAAAUAUUUGCUGUGGGUGGACAAAAUGGCUUAGGUGGCCUGGACAAUGUGGAAUAUUAUGAUAUUAAGAUGAAUGAAUGGAAGAUGGUGUCACCAAUGCCAUGGAAGGGUGUAACAGUGAAAUGUGCUGCUGUGGGUUCUAUAGUGUACGUCUUGGCUGGCUUCCAGGGCGUGGGUCGAUUAGGGCACAUCCUUGAGUAUAACACCGAAACAGACAAAUGGGUAGCCAACUCCAAAGUCCGUGCUUUCCCAGUGACAAGUUGUUUAAUCUGUGUUGUUGACACUUGUGGAGCAAAUGAAGAGACUUUAGAGACCUGAAGACCUUCAUGAGAUUUUGGGAUAUUCUUCACUUGGAAAAGAUGGCCAUCGGUGCUUUGCUUCUGCAUUUUAUUACAUCUUGUUAAACUGAAUAAUCUGAAAAAAAUUAUACAGUCCUUGAAUUUGUAUAUACCGUAUGUAUCAAAUGUGGAUUUACUCAUGCCAGUUUUACAGUUUGUUUGAAAACAUGGGAUGUAUUUCAAGAAUCCACUAAACUAGCUGAGAGCAAAUAUGCUCUCUUGAAGAGACGUGUGGCCUUGUCAGAAAUAAAUCCAAUUUACUUUAAAAAAAAUUAGAGUAUUGGAGGAAGAAUGAAACUUUAGCUAAACUGUACAUCUCAACUUGGAUACAGAGGUCCUUCAGGUCACAAAGGUGAGUGAAUAUAGCUUGGAUUCUGAGUGUAUAUGAGUCUGUUCAUACAGUUUCAUUUCUAAUGCAUAUUGCACAACAGCCAUGCUAGAGUAUGAUAAAGUCUGUUCAGAAAAAAAAGAAAAAUAAAGAAAGAGAGACAUGAAA